ACGAACUUCACUUUGAUAGAUGUCGGACCCGACUAUUUCACGGUAUCCUGGGCAAGGCCGUCCUCUUAUUUCGACUACUACUGGGUCGAGGUGUACGACAACAGCAACGGUUCUGACAUCCAUACACCACAUCGAGUUGGUUCAUGUGCAUACGGGAACAUAAUUCAUCGAGAUCAGAACCAAAUCACCUGCGACAAGUUCAAGGCAUGCGUUAACGCAAGCAUCACAGUACACGUGCAAAGCAAGGGCCCCUCAGGUCUGACAUCCCCAGGGGCAACGCUCAGAGGUAUCUUCGUGCCAGGAAGAGAUCUUCCUGAAGUGACUCAGCUGAAAUUGACCGAUAUGGACAAAGAUUCCAUUACUGUUUCCUGGCAAAGACCAGAGGGCUGCUUUGACGGCUACAUUGUGGAAGUCGCUGAAGAAAACAGCGGAAGCAGUGGUGGUGGAGGCCUCAGUGCGGGCUCCUGUGCAGGUGGUAUCACUGUUGACGCGCAUCGCACUAGCGUCACGUGCAGGAAAAUAGAAGCAUGCAGCGUGAAAAUCACCGUACGUACCGAGAGAAAAGGACAACUGAAGCUUACUUCAUCUGGUGUCUCUCUGCACGACAUCGUCAUGUACGAAAAAGAUAUGCCAGAGGUGCGUCCUACAUUAGAAGUGGCUAAAAACAAAUUUGUACUGCGCUGGAACCGGCCAGCUGGCUGCUUCGACAAGUACAAUCUCGAGGUCGCCUACCAAUAUUACGAAGAUCCGAUGUUCAAAAUGCUGCGCAUUGGUUCAUGUGCUGGGACAACCAUUAUAGAGCCUGACGUUACAAACGUUACUUGCUCCAAUCUUCCAGCCUGCGUAGACUUAAGUGUAUUUCUACGCACACAGCGAAGUGGACCGCAUGGACGUGUUUCACGGGGUGAAAAGUUGUCUGUGUAUUCUGCUGACGGAGAUGUUGUGGACUUUGACAUACACGUUGACAAGUUGACCUCCACUACGGCAGAAAUCAAAAUAGACCCGCGUCGUGCGCUGAGCUGCCCACCACGUUACUGCGGUGCGUCUGUAUGUCGGCCGAGCAAGCAUCAUUGUGCAAUUGAGAAGUGCGAGCCACCUUCCCGACAGACCAGCAGAAUGAUCCUGAAAUUACAAAAUCUCGCUCCAGGAGAAUUUUAUGUGUGCGACGUUAGCCUCAGGUACAAUGAUGAAGUCGAGAAACGCAUUGGAUUCUACACCAUGAAAUAGCACACACCUUGUACCAGAUGUUGCGGAAUAAAUCCGGUCUAAGGAAAACAAGGGCAACAAAAGGAUCUUUCUCAACUCACCCGUCCUUCGUCUUAGGCUUGUCUCCGUGGUCGUCGCAGUGGUUAAAAAUUAAAAAAAAACGACGCAUGAUGACGUGGC